CCGCGUUCGGCAUCGGAGCAAUAAGCGCACUUUUUCACCUGCUCUUCACCUGUUCAAUUGGCGCGCCUCCGGACGGUGUCCCUACUGUGUGCCGAGCACCAGUUCACCCGCACUCGUACUGACACUGAACCUUGCAACUUUGACAGUGAUAAAGUUAACCCACAGUUUACCAGACUUGCGAAGUGAUUUUUGACUCGUUAGGCAGAAUUUGGUGAGCAUUAGCGGGUGUGAGAGGCGCGUUGGGUGCCAGGUGAGAGUGCCAGCUCCUCUCCCGCUAUGAGGUGACGUGAAGUUUGCCACUCAGUGACCUACCUGACCCCACUCCCUCGCACACCAUGUCGUACGAGGUGGCCAGCGUCAUCCGCAGCAGUCCCGCCGUCGCCGUCAGUAGGUCCCCGUCGCCCCUGGCAGAUGCCCACAGGACCUCGGCGGCCACCCCGGAGGUCUCCAGCACUAGUCCUACCCCAGCCAGGAGCUCAGACAGCGGCGCCAGCUCCCCUAAGACGUCCUCGCCUCCCUCACACAAAUCCUUCAGCAUUUCCAGUAUCCUCAGUCGUGAUGACCCGAAGAAGGAUUCGAACUGCGACUCGCCUUUCUCCUUCAGUCACCAGCACGACUCCCUCGCCGCCAGAUUAGGACUGAUGAGUCACAUGUCCGUCCUAGCAGCGAGACACCCGCUCCUGUCCCUCUACCCUGAUCUAGGGGGCGUCUCCCCUACCUCCCCCAUGACGCCUUUAGGGGGCAUGGGGGUGCCCCUGGCCGCCAAGAACCCCUGGUACCCGCCCUGGGCCCUCCCGCCGCUCGCCGCCCUCGCCUCCGUCAGGGAGAAGGAAAAUGGGUCGCCGGCAGGUAUUGGACUCGGGAGCCCCCUGAGCGAGGCGCCAGUCGAAGUGGUUCGUUCUCGCUCACCCUCGCCGAUGCCUCGCUCGGCCUCGCCGCCACCUUCGCCUCCCUCGCCCUCCAGGGAGGACCAACGGGCGGGGGAUGGCGAGGGUGCGGGUGGCGUGGGCGGCGGUGCGGCGUCCACCACCAGCGGAGCGGGAGACGAGGCCGACGAAGACCGCAAGCGGCGCAAAAAGAAGACUCGGACAGUGUUCUCAAGAUCUCAGGUGUUCCAGCUGGAGAGUACUUUCGAUAUGAAGCGAUAUCUGUCGUCGUCAGAACGAGCGGGACUGGCGGCAUCCCUUCAUCUCACGGAGACGCAGGUCAAGAUCUGGUUCCAGAACCGUCGCAACAAGUGGAAGCGACAGUUGGCGGCGGAGUUGGAGGCUGCCAAUAUGGCGCACGCGGCACAGCGUCUGGUUCGAGUACCAAUAUUAUAUCACGACGGCUCCACAUCAGUCGAGUCCGCCCACACCCCGCCCGCGCCGCCCCCGCCCUCCUCCCUGGGCCCGCAGUCCGCCCUCCCGCCCUACUCUCUCUACUAUCCCCCCGUCAGCACCUACUCCACCACAGUACAGGCGCCCACGCCCGUCAGACCUACUCUCUCCUCCCUCGUGUAGACUUCCUUCACAAACCCUUAACUCCUCUUGUAGAUCCCCCUCACUCUAAAUUUCCCUCUCCUCCUUCACCAAUCUUCGUCAACUUCCACUGUCUCCACUCACACCCAUGAUAGACAGUGAUUGUUUCAACCGCGCAAAGCGUGAAUGUUUGUCAAUAUAUUUUCAUGGCUUCCUUCCUCUCCUUCCCCCGCGUCACUACUCGAGAGCGGCGCGACAACCAUAUCAACCCAACCAAAUGUUUCUCCCCGCAGAAUGGUGACGUCAAACGUAUCUAUACAAACCUUGCUGGUUGACGACGACCAAGUCGGCGCAGGAAAGUCAACCGGCAGAUGCAUACCACAGACAAUACGGACCAAUGGAAACGCAGAAUCAUAUCGCCCGGGGGCCAGUGAGAAUGGACUAAAGCAAAACCCCGAGAGACGUGUGUGUGUGUGUGUGUGUUGACUUGUGUUUCAGAACUUGACAAGUGUGUGUGUGUGUGUGUGUGUCCCUCACGUCAAAACAAAAGUGAUUCGGUGUUACUUUUAAGGAGAAAACGUUUUCUUAUAUAGUAACUUUUGUUGCCAUAUUUGUUUAGUGAGAGAAGGAAAAAUGCUGUACAAAUAUUGUGUGUAAAGUGUAAAUAUUGAAUAUAGAUAUUUAUUGUCCUAAUUUUAUUUGUCAGAGUUUUUUAUUGUUUUUUGUUACUCUGGUUUGAUAACUAUCCGCUCAGUGAUUGCUUCACGGAAUCACGUCUUUGAUGGCUGUUCAAAAACUGUAUCAAAUGUUGGUGAUCUACAAAUAUUCCAGUGAUUUACUGACAUUUUAUUAUCAAAGAAACGUUAUUUACAUUUACGUUUCUCUGAAUAAUUUACGGUUAACUUACAGUGAAUAAUUUACACGGAAAAAGGUAAAUGAUUAACAGUUAAUCUUGUGAAUUAUUUACACUAACAUAGUUAAUUAUUUACAGUUAAAAUAGUUAAUUAUUCACAGUUAAUCUAGUGAAUGAUUUAGUUUACGAAAUGAAUGAUUUACAGUUUACCCCAGUGAAUUCUUUACAGUUAAGCUAGUAAAUUAUUUACAGUUAAUCAUGUACAUUAUUUGCAGUUUACCGAUUGAAUUAUUCACAGUUCAUCCAGUCAAUUAUUUACAGAAACCUAGUGAUUGAUUUACAGUAACCUAGUGAAUGAUUUACCGUUAAUUUACUGUGAUUUAAAAUGAAUAAUUUAGUUAACUUGAAAUAAAUGAUUGAUAGGUAACAGUAAAUCAUUUACAGUUUCAUUUACAUAGUGCCAAUAGUAACACUCUUUACCAGGAUCAAUGUACAUAUCAUUAGCCUAAAUGUCAGAAUAUCUAAACACUGAUUAUUAAAUGUUUU